AUGGAUCUGCCUUAUUACCACGGCCCUCUGUCCAAGAGAGACUGUGAGACCCUGCUGCUGGAGGACGGGAUAGACGGCAACUUUCUGAUAAGGGACAGCGAGUCUAUGCCCGGAGUUCUGUGCCUCUGUGUCUCGUUUAAAAAUUUCGUAUACACGUACCGAAUCUUCAAAGAGAGACAUGGGUUUUACAAUAUACAGACCGUAGAAGGUGUUCCCAAACAGAUCUUCUCAAACCUAAAGGAAUUGAUCUCCACAUUUGAGAAACCAAAUCAAGGGCUGGUGGUCCACCUUGGACAUCCGAUAAAGCAAGGCAGCUUCUGCCCGAGAUGGAGACGAUCACAGAUAAAGCUGGAUGGUAUUUACGAGAACAGUAACAGUGACUAUGUGGAGGUCUUGCCUUGAAGACAAGGAGACUGAACAAAGCAAUUAGAGAAGAGAUGGGGUGACAGCUCUCACUGGCAACCCUGCUUCUCCUGCAGGUGUGGUUCUGGAAGAUUGAGCUCUAGGGGACAAUUCAGACUCUCCUGGUCUGGGUGACUGAAGACAUUCUGUCCACCAACCUCAGAGAAAUUAUUCCCCACAUCCCUGCCUCCCAUGCAUACACCAUGAGCAGCUUUGAAACUCCUUUCCCCCCCUCACUCUUCUUGCCUGGAAUAGGACGGGCUGAACCUAUUCUCCAUGGUUGAUGCCCUCCUGCAGACCAGCGAUCUGAGGCACAGCUUCAUACAGAAGAGUGCACACUUGGCCAUGAGUUAGGAGCCUGAGUUCCAGUCCUGUGGCUAUGAGACUUUGAAGAAACCUCUUGCCCUGUCCGGGGGUCUCCACUUCUUCAUCUAGAAAACAAACACAUGUUCCUGCCUCUCUGCUGAGCCCAAAUGGAGGAGUCCUAGGGUCAUGGAGAUGUACACAGGGGUGGCAAGAGAUCUGAG